AUGGACCCGUUCACGGAAUUGCGCAAGCACGCAGGUAGUACACAUCCACAAAAGGCCAAGCUUAAUGUGGUACUAGGUGCUAUCAUCGACGUUAUUUAUGAACGGCGUGGCACUGGUGAUCGCUCUGCUCCGAUCUCGCCCACUGAGUAUUUUGCUGCGCUUAUGACAGCACUGGACGCCGCCUCCGACUCGCACCGCCAAGAGGUGGCACAACUGCUGUCUAUGGUUCUGCCUGAAGUGCCACAUGCCGUACUACGUGGAAAGUUUGCUGCUGUGGCCAAGUGUCUUACAACGGUACUACAGGAAGCCGGUGACGAUGCAAUGCUGCUACGUUCCGCCAGUGCGUGUUUGGCUCUGGCUCUGUUGGCGCAGGAACCCGCGGCAAAUGCCUGGGCUCGUCCCGAACUACUACGUAGCUUCCAGGUGCUGCUAACAUUAGCGAUGGAUACACGCCCUAAGGUGCGCAAGGCUGGACACAAGUGGACGAUAGAUAUCCUUGAGCUUCAUGCUGCUAAGGGCUGUGAUGCCCUCUCUACACACACUGCCAGCUUUGCGGAGAACGUGUUUGCUAGUGCAGGCAAAGGUGGCAAAGACGAUCAGAGACUGGUGCUGCUCGUAGCUUUCCUUAAGACGGCGCUGCCGCUAUUGCAGCGCAAAGUGGUGGCGUCUCUUGUUGCAGCACUUGCCCAGUUUCUGGAUGCAAGCUCAAAGACGCUGCGUCUUGUCACGUACGAAGCACUGGAUGCGCUAAGUGCAGCGCCCGAGUCGCAGCUCACGGCCGACACUCUUUGCAAGGUUGUCGCUGCUGUACUAGACGCACAGAGCAGUGGAUCGCUGGAAGCUCAGGGUGGACCUGUGGCCAUUUAUGCCGUCCGUGUUCCGUCUCAGACACUUGUUCGACUCGCUGCUGUGAACGCUAAAGCGGCCCGCGGAUUGCUUCCGCGAGUGGUGAGUGCUGUUUGCUCUCACAUUGCUACAAACAAUGACCGUGUGCAGCGCCAGGCUGCUCGCUCAUUGCUUAAUAUUCUGAAAGCUACAAUUUCCCCGGAAGUGCUUGAGACAGAAGGCACGUUUGAGGAUGUCGCUCGUGUGCUUGCAUCUUUGCAGAGUCUGACGUCGCUGCGCUUUCAGGGAGCAUGGAAUCAUGUCUUCUCGCUUAUUGCCGAGCUCUUCCGCUUCUAUGGUUCUGCGAGCCGACCAUCACUCGAGCCCAUUCUCGUUACAUGCUGCGAGCUACACGAGGCUGCUGACCAACUUCCACAGCAGCAGCAAGGUGGUAAGAGCGCCCAAGCACUUUCCGAGUUGUUCGCGUUGUCUGUAGGUGCCGCCAUAGAAGCUCUGGGGCCUCGCUCCUUUCUUGAGAUUGUUCCGAUCGACCACCCUACCGAGAUUGUGAGCGAACAGCGCGCAUGGCUUUUGCCGGUUUUCCGCGACGCGUUGCGAUUUGCUCGACAAGGUGGCGAUCUGGCGUUCUUCGCUGAUGUUGUUUUGCCCAUGGCCCGAGCCUGUGAAGCUGGCGCGCGUGAGCCCAGUGUAACUCCGCUGCAAGCUAAACAGCUACAGACUCGUGCAAUCCAGCUAUGGACGCUAUUUCCAAGCGUGUGCGCUCGAGCAAUGGAUGUGGACACCCACUUCAAGAAGAUUGCCAAAGUUCUUGCCAGCGCAAUGGCCGACAAGCGCAACCCGGAGUUGCGCCUUGCAGUUUGCCAAGGCCUACAAGCGCUUGUCAAACGCACUCGCGCGCUACAAAAAUCUGUUGCACGCCGUUACCAUCUUGAGGCGGGAGAUGGUGAUUUGGAAGACGCUGAAGAGGAAGGUGGUGAUGACGAGGAGCAAGUAGACGAGGCGAAGCUGGCACGUGAUCGUGCUGCUUUGGCCAAGUACUCUGGGCGCUAUGUGCCUCUAUUGCUCUCUUUUGUAGAAGAGUUAGACCCGGAAAAGGACACAGAGCGUGCUCAGGUACUGCUAGAUACGCUCGAGGGUUUUGCGUCGCUUGCUGAGGCCCAGCUGAUUGGCACAAUAUUCAAGAGAGUGAUGCAGAAAUUGCUCGAAGCGACGACGGAGGCAAAGCGUGUCGAGUCUGACAGUGCUGGCUGCAAUUCGAAGCGUGUGGCCAAGUUAAGACAGACAUCGCAUGCGCAGAUGGCUCUUGCACUGGCUCUGCUUGCCCAUGUAGACGACACCAGCGUGUCACUGCUGUAUCGCGUGGUGAAGCCGUACUUGCUGGAUGAUGCUGAUGCUGCGAUGCAAAAGCGUUCGUACGCCGCUUUGGUGGCCAUUUGUGACUUGCACGCAAAGUUUUUGUCGGAGGAAUCUCAGCUGCAGGAUCUCACCCGCGCAAUCUGCGAGUCACUGCUUACUUGCUCUGUACCAGCCAAGAAAAUGCGUCUACGUGUUCUUGCACACUUGAUCCGUGCGCUGCAGGCUCAAUCUGCAACUGAUGGGCUUGCUGAGAAGGAGCUAGUGCCGAACCUUGUUGGUGAAAUUAUGCUUUGUACGAAGGAAGCUAAUGGCAAGGCUCGGGAGGCUGCAUUUGAGUUGUUGGUGGCCAUGGCUAUGCUUCUGCGCGCCCGUGACCCGCAGAACGGACUCAUGGAGUUUAUGCAGAUGGUGCUAGGUGGCCUGGCUGCGCGCACACCUCACAUGCGUAGCGCUGCUGUGAUUUGUCUGAGCCGUUUGGUAUUUGAAUUUGGUCGUGAAGAUUCUGCGAUCGCACAGGCUAUGCCAGCACUGCUUAAGACGGUUCUCAUGCUGCUGCACGAAAAGGCCCGUGAGGUGAUUAAAAGUGUCAUUGGUUUUAUGAAGCUUGGCAUUGCUGUGUUACCAAAGGAUGUGCUAGAACAGUUCCUCCCUGAUAUCACUAAUGGUCUGUUGGUGUGGAUUGGUGAAAGCAAGAAUCGCUUUCGUGCCAAGACCCGUAUUAUCCUAAUCAAACUGUGCCGCAAGUUUGGCUACGAGUGUGUGGCUGCUCUUGUACCCGAGGAAGACCGUGCACUAAUCCGUCACAUCAAGAAGACAAAAGAACGUGAGGACAAGAAGAAGUCAGAGCUUGCAGCUGAGGCUGCUGAGAGUCGUGCUGCAAAGAAGAACCGUGGCACUUUUGAAGAGUUUAUGGCUGACUCAGACGAUGAAGCUGAUGAUGAUGACGGUGAGGCUGCAGCUAUGCAGGUGUUGAAGCGUAAGAAAGCCUUGCACAAGAAGCAUAAAGGUGGUAAAGUCAUUCGUGAAGAUGAGGACGAUAUCAUGGAUUUCCUUGAUGACAAUGCAGCAGUAAAGAAUAUUUUUUCAGCACAAAAGGGGAGUGGUCAUGAUCAUGAUGGUGAUAGUGACGACGAGUUUCAAAUGACAAAGGAUGGACGUAUGAUUAUCCCUGGUAAUGACAAUGAUGACGAUAUGAAGGGUGGAGGUGACAGUGAUGAUGACGAGAAGAUUAAGCAGGACGUAGCGUCGCAGCUGCAGCGCAUGGGGCUUGAUAAAAAGAGAAACGACAAGAGUAAUCGAUUAAAACGCAAACGUGGUGGUGAUACCGAUGGCAUUAGUGGUCGUGAAUACCGUGCAAAGAAAGCAGGUGGUGAUAUCAAGAAGAAGGGAAAGCUGGAGCCAUAUGCUUAUAUUCCGCUCGACCCAAAGCUUAUGGCCAAGCGUAACAAACGUGAGGCCGUGACGCGCUAUGGUGGUAGUGUCGGUAGUAAGAGACGAGGUAGAAAGUAA